GCAAAGACCACCUACUAAUAUUUAUCCCAGAUCUUUUUUGUUGUAGAAGCAUCUUCACUAUCAUAUUUCUUGAAAAAACGAGAGCAUUGCGGCUUUGAAAGCCCUGCUCUGAGCUGCCCCGCCUUCCGCCCGUCCCCCUGCCCCGGAAGCCAGAGCUAGGGCAGAGGCCGGUGGGGCGGUACCGCUUUUGAUUGGCGCUGCCACAAGGAAGCCCACACUGAUUGGUUGGUGGGAGGGACCGCCAUGCUAAUUGGCUGCUACUCGGGGGACCUUGUUUCCGGUGGGUCGGCGGGCAAUCCCGCCGCCGUCAUGGCGACCGGCGACCGGGUGAGGGCGCCGCUUCUGUGGCCUGUGGAGGCCCGGUUGGCGGCGCUACUUCCCGACCUGCUGGUCUUCAGGAAGCCCCGGGCACCAGAACCCGAGCUGGCCACGGCCCAGGGCGUCCUCCUUGGCGUCCACGUGACGGGAUUUACAGCAUUAAUGGACAGGUUCAGCCUGACCUGCAAGUCGGAAGAUGACCUGGACAAACUGGCCCACAUUUUCAGUUAUUACAUUAGUGACAUCAUCGAGCAUGUACUCUGUUUUGGAGGAGAUAUCCUAAAUAUCACAGGGAAUGUCCUCCUGGCACUCUGGACAGUGGAACAGAAUCAACUGAGUGACAUCAUUACCCUGGUGGCAAAAUGCAGUCUGGAGAUACAGGAGAAAUUUGGGGUCUACCAUACCAGAGAAGGCCAGGACCUGCAGCUAAAGAUAGGUGUCUCUGCAGGUUGGAUUUCCCAGGUUAUUGUUGGAGACGAGCAACGACAGUACCUCUUGGUGAUUGGGCGGGAUGUAGAUGAUGUCCAGUUAGCUCAGCGUUUGGCUCAGGCAAAUGAGAUUGUCUUGUCCUGGAACUGCUGGACACUCUGUGAGCAGUACAUGUUUGAAGUGGAAAUCAUGAAGGAGGAUGAAGCUGUGAAGUUAAGAGAUAUGCGGAUCACUGACCCAUUUGAUUUUGAUGAGCAUUUUGACAAGUGCCUCAGUUAUCUGCCACAUUACCGGACAAGUGCUAAUACUCUAAGAACUGCCCUGGAGUUGGAUCCAGACUCUGCACUUGAGCAAACUCUGCGGAAGCACAUAAUGAAAAACCUUUUGAAGAAGAUUGACGAAGGCCAACCUACGGAGUAUAUAUCUGAAUUUCGUACCGUGACUAUGGUUUUGGUCAGCCUAGAAUUUCACAAGACAGGAUGGAUGUUGCAUUUGUGUCAUCUUAUCCAGGAGGCUGCAUUAUACAUCUCCACAGUCAUAGAGAAAGGGGGUGGCCAGCUGAGCCAGAUCUUUAUGUUUGAGAAAGGGUGCAUGUUCCUCUGUGUGUUUGGCCUUCCUGGGGAUAAGAAGCCAGAUGAGUGUGCACAUGCCCUGGAAAGCUCUGUCAGCAUCUUCAACUUCUGCUGGGAGAAUCUUACUGAGACCAAGCUUGUUUCCAUCGGUAUCACCAAUGGACCAGUAUUCUGUGGCGUGGUUGGGGCAGUAGCAAGACAUGAAUAUACAGUUAUUGGCCCGAAAGUGAGCCUUGUGGCCAGAAUGAUAACUGCUUAUCCAGGUUUGGUGUCUUGUGAUGAGGUAACAUAUCUAAGAUCCAUGCUACCUGCUUACAACUUCAAGAAACUCCCAGAGAAAAUGAUGAAAAACAUCUCGAACCCUGGGAAGACGUAUGAAUAUCUUGGCCAUAGAAGAUGUAUCAUGUUUGGGAAGAGACAUUUGAUCAGAGUGAGAAGUAAAAAUCACCCUUUGUUUGACCGGGAGAAAGAACUAGAAGCCUUCCAAAUGGCACAGCAGGGAUGUUUGCACCAGAAGAAGGGACAAGCAGUUUUGUAUGAAGGUGGAAAGGGCUAUGGAAAAAGUCGGCUGUUGGCUGAAAUAAACUUGCUGGCUCAGAAAGAAGAACACAGGGUGUUGUCCUUGAAGCUGAAGGAAGCAGAUUCCAAGCAAUACUUCUAUGCCAUCCAAACCCUCAUGGCCAUCUUCUUUGAGAUUGAUACAUGCCCGGCCUUUUACCGGCAAGAGUGCCUACAUAAACAGCUUUGUGGGAAAGUGGAGGAACCACUUCACUGCCUUUUUAAUGACCUCUUCUUUGUAAAGUUUCCCUUAUCCUUCGAAGUUUCACACAUGGAUGACAUGGCCAGACAAAAGAAGAUUAAAGAGUGUUUUUUUCAAGUGCUACAGGAGGCAGUGAGGGAAACACCACUGAUUUUUCUCAUUGACGAGGCCCAGCAUAUGGAUGCAGCUUCCUGGGAGUUUUUGGGAACAUUACUCUCCAGUGCACCCAUCAUCAUGGUGAUGACAUUGAUGCCUACCUCCACCCUGUGUGGUGGGGCCCAGCACGUCCUGCAGAGCCCUCAGGCUAUGCUGAAGCCCAUUUCGAAGUUAGCAGCAAACUCACUAUUGAAAAUGGCAUGUUGGGAACUAGGGGCGGUGAGCAUCCCCCAAGAGCUGCAGAUCUACCUUCUUCGCAGGUGCUUGGGAAACCCCCUCUACUGUAAGGCUCUAUGUCGGGACCUUCUCUCUAAGGACAUAUUACUCUUUCAUGACCUACAAAAGGGAGAGGAGGAGAACAGCAAGUGGGAGACCCUCUCAGCCAAUGUCAUGAAAUCCACAAUGUAUGGUAUUCCUCCUGUCAGCUCUGAAGAAGACCAGAAAUUGUAUGUCUGCACAGUCAAGGAUGAGGUGAACUUGGAUACAGUGCUUCUCCCACCAUUGUUAAAAGAAAUAGCUGUAAACCAACUGGAUCAAUUGAGCCCAGAAGAACAGUUGCUGGUUAAGUGUGCUGCAGUCAUUGGUCACUCCUUCCACGUAGAUCUGCUGCAGCACCUGCUGCCUGGCUGGGAUAAACAUAAGCUCCUGCAGGUGCUGAGGGCUCUUGUGGAUAUACACGUGCUCCGCUGGUGCAACGAGAGCCAGGAGCUUCCUGCUGAGCCAAUAUCAGUGCCCUUUUCUGUUGAGGUUAUUGAAAAACACAAAGAGGAAAAGAAAAAGUCAGAUGCUGGCUCUCCUCUCAGGCAAAAAGAGGAACUAUUCCUACCUCAACCUGAGGUGCUAGAAUUUGGAGUGCCUCUGUUACGGGAAGCUGCUUGGGAGCUGUGGCCCAAGGCACAACAGAGAGCCCUGCAUCUUGAAUGUGCCUGCUUUCUCCGAGACUUGGCCUGCCGCUGUGGGAGUUGCCAGGGCGGGGACUUUGUCCCCUUCCACCGUUUUGCCAUCUGUUCUAUCAAGAGCUCCAGAGGGACAUCCCGAUUCUGCAGUUACAAGGAUACUGGCUCGGUGUUAACACAAGUGAUCACAGACAGAUUACAGCUGCCUUCUCCCCAAGAUAGUUUUCAGUUCCAGACAAAACUGUCCAGAAGUCGGGAAGCCUUCACGAGUGCACCCUGCAGGUCAGAGGAAGAGUUCCUGGAUCGAGUGAGCAGGACGCUGGCCCAAGCCAGCCCUGAGAACGACCUGCUGACCAUGAAGCCCUGUCACUGUGAGGAAAUCCUGAAGUUCGUGCUCUCGCCCCUCGCCCAGCACUGCCUGGUCAUCGGAGAAAACACCUGUGCAUUUUAUUACCUGCUGGAGGCUGCCGCUGCCUCCUUGGACCUGUCAGAUAACUACAUGGCCUUCUUUUAUUUGAGGAAGGCAAGCAGUCUUCUGGGCCAGCCCGCUGCAUUCUCGUUUUUGAAAAAGCGCAAGGUGAAGAUCUGUCAGUUUGAGGAGGCCACUUUCUGUCGUCUUCGGUCAGAGGUCUGUUUCAACAUGGGACAGAUGACCUUGGCCAAAAAACUGGCUAGGCAAGCCCUCCGACUGCUGAAAAAGAAUUUCCCUUGGACCUGGUUUGGAGUCCUUUUCCAAACAUUCCUGGAAAAAUAUUGGCAUCCCUGUUCCCUGAGCCAGUCUGCAGACAACCCUAGUGAGAAAAAGAAGAAGUUGGCAGUCCUGCAGCAGCGGGUGCAGUGCCUCUCGCUGCUCUGGCAGCUCUAUAACCUGGAGGCCACAGCCAGCAGCCGCAGGUUUGCCUGCCUGGCCACGCUGAUGCAGAAGAAUUCAGCCAAGGAGUUUGCAAAUGAAGCCCAGGUUGUCUCUACCUACGUGGCCCUCUCCCAGUUCUCCCAGAACGUGGGUGACAGGGAGAAGUGGCUGCACUGCGAACAAAUGGCCAUUCAGAAAAGCAGCCUAUGUUGGUUCUCCAGAGAGGGGUUGUUGGCCACAGCGCAGCUCAUGCAGACCUUGGCCUACACCAAGCUCUGUCUCGGCCACCUUGACGUCUCCAUCAAGCUGGGUUUUCAAGCUCAUGAGAUGUGCGGGCACCUCAGGAAACCAGCUCUGGAGAAUCUGGUUCUCUCAGUUCUCUUUAGAUCUGCAUUUCUCAAGAAGAAAUUUGAUCUGUGUGUCCAUGUGUUGGACAGUCAGUGGGCGCUCAUUUCCCAGGGUCAUGAUAUCCUUGGCCUGGCCUGCUUCUAUUCCGCUUGCUUAGAUCUGCUGCUCUACGGAAAAGGAUUGCUGUGCCGGCCCUUUGAAGAGUGUCUACGUUUCAUUCAAUACUAUGAGCACAGCUGCGUGCUAACCUCUCAGAGCAAUGUCAUGCUGGGGGUCCACUCCUCUCUGGCCAUGUGGUUUGCCCAGGACUCACAGUGGGACCUGUUUGAGUACCACUUCUCCAAGGCUCGCCAGUUGGUGAAAAGAACCAAUGCCUCACUGUUUGGUUCACAUGGCUUUGUCCGGUUCCUAGAGUGCCAUGUGCUGAUGUUACAGAAAGUGCCCGGGGGCGUCUUCAUGCACAUUCCCCCAGAGACUCCGAGUCAAGUCUUAAAGUACUUUAAGGAGUUCUUCUCUCGAUGUGUGACCUGCCCUGUCUAUCACCGGUGGGUCUCUGAGCUGAAAGCCUCUGUAAUGAGAUAUGGAAAGAGAGAAGUCCUGUCCUUGACUAACAUCAUCAGGCCUUUGGACACCUGCUUCACCAGGAUUUGGAUAGAGGGAGAAUUCCUGGAGGAAAAUAAAUCCUUUGAUGGAAAUUUAGCAAUACAGAGUAAGCAUUCCUUCCUGGAACCCUUGUCUGAGAGACACAAAGAACAGUCUCCGAUUCCUACUCACAAGCAGCCAAAGGCUUCACCUCCAAAGUAAGAAGGGACACACAGGUGUAAGGAGUUAGUCCUUGCUCCAGAGGUAAUUACUGUCUUCUCACAAGUCCUAGGCCCAGCCUAGACCCAUUGCUACUUAAUGUAAGAGCCUCUCCCAGGCUUUUGCUUCAGCGUCUAGAAUCCUUAAGUGUAGGAAAUUCCUCCUCGGUACCAGCUUACACAAGAUUGUUCCCUUGAAGGUCACUAAGGGAGAACGAAGGCCUUAGAAAUCACAGUGUAAUGUCUGGGAAGAUAAAUGGUAAGAUAUAGAUAAGAGAAAGAGGAGAGGGAAUAUAGUAUCUUGCCUCAGGGCCCAGCAAAUCGUCUCUUUUUACAGGGUCAUGAGUUAAAUCUGUAUUUGCUGAGACUAUUCUUUGUGUUUGUGAUCUUCUUUA